GUACCUCCAGGUUGUCUGCUAAUCUUGAUUUGGAAGUAGAGGCUCAAGGAAAUGGACAAGGAAUACUAGAGGUUGUGACCUAUUACAAUCAGCUGCAUGAGGUGGAAGAGAAAAUGCCCUGCAAGCACUUUGAUCUCAACGUCACUUUUGAAGGAUCCAGCGAAAAGCCUCCAGCAGAUGUAGAAAAGUCCGACGAGAUCACUAUCAAAGUGAGCAGGGCUCUAGGACCCAGAGACGUCAGGAUGGUGGUUCUUGAUAUCAGUCUACCAACUGGAUUCACCCCAGAAAACUCUGACCUGGAGAUGCUGUCCAAUUCAGUGGAUCGUUACAUCAGUAACUUCCAGAUUGUAGACAACCUGAGUGACAGAGGCUCCCUGAUCAUUCACCUGUUCAAAGUUUCUCACAAAGAACCAGACGUCCUGAUCUUCAGGCUUCAGCAGGGCUUCAAAGUUGGCCUGCUCCAGCCAUCCUCAGUUACAGUGUAUGAGUAUUACAACCCAGACCACCGCUGCAGUCGUACUUACAUUCCCAAAGAGAACAAAGAGGAGCUCACUCAGAUCUGCAGAGACAACGUGUGCCGCUGCACGCAGGAUGACUGCUGUGUCUCCAAAACUGACGGUGAAAAUUUCCCCAACAAAGAAAGAGAAACAUUUGCCUGCAAGAGCUUACACCAUGUUUUCCAGGUGAAGGUGCUGAGUGUCAUCCAGAGUUACUAUGACAAAUAUGAGAUGGAGAUUACACAAGUGAUCAAACUGGGUGUGGAGGCUGGAGUUGAAGUGGGUCAGAAGAGGUUUUUCAUGUCUCAUGGAGGCUGCAGAGAUGGACUCAGUCUGAAGCAGGGCUCCCAGUACCUCAUCAUCGGCCCCAAAGAGGACCAGUGGAACAUUGACACUGACACCAACAGAUUCAUCUACAUGUUGGGGAAGGACACCUGGGUGGAGCGCUGGCCCUUGGCUGCAGAGUGCUCCAGCAGUUCCAUUCUGCAGAACAAAUGUCAGACUCUGAAUGAUGCUGCCAAUGAACUGUCUGUGAAUGCCUGCAGGCUGUAGAGACAUCUGAGCAGCAAUACACAACACUUUCCUGUGACAUUUUUGUGUAAAGAUGACAACUAACCAUGUACACAGAUUCAUUUAACACAGUCUGUGCAUUAGGGACCUUUUUUCCCCCCAAAACUAUAUUUGGUGUUUUCUUUGUAAAAACUGAGAGUGUAGCCGGUUAUAACAACAAACACAAAGAUUUUUUCUGCCGAGAAGCUGUGAUGAGCAGGAGGAACAAUUAAAUUAUUGACAAACAGAACAGCCCCCACAUGGGUGUUACAUCUUUUAUAGAAGGAUUUAUAAUAAACCGCAGAACAGUCUGUUGUUCAUGUUAAAUGAUAUAAUGGAGGAAAACAGGCUGAAAAGAGUUUUUGAAGUUUAAAGUUCAGUAAAUGUGCAUGAUCUACAGAUUGGGAAUAUAAGUGGUUAUUUUUUUUUAUUUUUUUUUUGGUAUCACAUUUACAAAUUUAGCAUGCACACACACACAGCAGACGUGAUUUUGAGCUGAAAGUUGCCUAGAUCCAGCUUCACGUGUGUCACUGGGUAAUUACUAUUGAAAUGGUUUCCAUUACAAGUGGUUAUUCAAAGACAUUCUCUAACAUGUAAGUCAUUUUCAGAAAUGUAAAAUUAUUUUCAUUUGAAAAUGUCAAACUUCUAUUUACAUUGUUGUUUAAAUGUUUUCUCAGUGAUGCCUUCUCAGACAGGUCUGGCCUCAGCAAUACAUCAAAUCACUGGUUACCUGCUUCAAUAAACAAACUGAUUAUUCUAAA